GUUGAGUGUUACUUUACAAAAACUUGUUUGAAAGAGGUUUUGUUCUUGUGCAGAAAAUUAUAAAAACAUUUUGAUUUUCUGUGACUGUUUAUCACUCCCCAGGUUCCUAGUUUUUGCAUUCAGCAGUCGCCUGACUUCCUGAAGAGUCUGAUUCAUCAUGAAGUUGGAGGUUCCGCAAAGCUUUGAAGAUGUUGCCGUUGGGUUUUCAGGAGAUGAGUGGGAGAUGCUGAGUAAGCUGCAGAAAGAGCUGCACAGAGAUGUGAUGGUACAGAACUACAUGAACAUGAUUUCAGUAGGGUAUACAAUCCCAGCGGAACAACUUUGGUUGUUUAUUAUGAAAGAUGAGGCAAUUACGUCUGAUGACACAGACCGAGGAAUGACAGUGCAGCAAAAGCAACUUCUUGGUAACAGUACCACCAUCACCAGGAAUGUGGAUUUCACUAAGAUCCGAAGUCUACAGUCAUUCAAAGGGGAACACCACGAUUCUGAAUAUGACAAAUUCGUCCCAGAUAAGAAGUCAGUCAUAAGACAAGACCUAAUGCAAGCUGGAACCAGAUACCCUAAAUGCUUGCAAAGUAGUAAGAGGGUUAUCAGUAAAACUGAAAUAAAGAAGCAUAUGAAAAUGUGUACAGGAGAAAGACAGUGCAAAUGGAAUACUGACAACUGCAUCUCAUUGCUUGAUGAUAAUAACUUAACUGCUAAUAAAAUUUGCAGUGAAAAAAGACAAAAGAACACAUUGCAAACACAUGAGCAAAUGUGUGGCAGAAAGAAACCAUAUGAAUGUACCAGGUGUGUCAAGAGUUUUACUGGUAAAAAAAGAUUAGCAGGACAGAAGAUUAUUCAUUUCGAACAGCAACUGCAUAAAUACACGACAUGUGACAAGAAUUUUACAGAUAAGACCAUGUUAAGAGCACAUCACCUUAUCCAAAAUGGACAGGAUCCUUAUAAGUGUACCAAGUGUGGAAAGUGUUUUAGUGAUAUGAAAUGUUUGACAGCACAUCAGAGUUGCCACAGAAAGAAAAAAACAUAUAAAUGCACUGUGUGUGACAAGCAUUUUGGAUACAAAUACAAUAUGGUGAGUCAUCAGAGGAUCCAUACUGGGCAGAAGUCCUAUAAAUGCAAUAUGUGUGACAAGAGUUUUUUAUACAGAACCUCUAUGCUAAGUCACCAGAGCAUCCACACUGGGCAGAAACCAUAUAAAUGCACCAUGUGUGACAAGAGUUUUGGCUAUAGAUACAGUAUGUUGACACAUCAGAUGAUCCACACUGGGCAAAAACCAUAUAAUUGCAGUAUGUGUGACAAGAGUUUCAAAAAUAAAACUACUAUGUUAAGUCACCAGGUCAUCCAUACUGGGCAGAAACCAUAUAAGUGCACUGUGUGUGAUAAGAGUUUUGCAUACAAAAACAGUGUGGUGAGUCAUCAGAGAAUCCACACUGGACAGAAACCGUACAAAUGCACUAUGUGUGACAAGAGUUUUGCAUACAAAAACAGUGUGGUGAGUCAUCAAAGGAGCCACAGUAGAUCACAGGGAUCAUGCCACAGUAGAUCACAGGGUUCAUGCCACAGUAGAUCACAGAAAUCAUUCCGUACCAAGAGCUAAGGUGGCAGAAAGAAGGAAACGUGUGGUUCAAGUGACAAAAAAGCAAAAGCAUCAUUGGUUAUUGAAAUUGCUACAGCCAUUGACUAUAGAGACACAUAAACUUAUAAGACUUAAAGUUGUAAAAUAUUAAACAUGCAAGCAGAAAGUAGAGCAAGUGGAGUAAGGACACAUAGUCCCAUUUGUAGUAACAUCUGGAUUAAUCAAAAUAAUUUUAAAGCUUAUUUAGAGAUUCACAAAGUGUAUUACCCAGUAUGAACUGCAAAAAGAAUAGUUCUGGGUACAUUGCACGCUCUAAGAAGAGCAUUCUUGGCAAACAUCAAAGACUGAAGCAGAAUUCAUUUCAUGAACUUUGAUUAUGCCUUACCUUAGGAAAGGGAUCCAUUCUUUUCAAGGUAUGUAAAAAAUAAACAUUUGGAGAAGUUAAACAAAAGCAUAAAUUUUAUAAAUUCACCAUGUAUGCUGAGUUUUAUACAGAAAAGUAACAUGGUACAUCAACAGUAUGUCAACUCUUGUGAAAAAAAGGAGAUGUUUGAACUAAAUUCAAUGUCAGGCUGUGGCGUGUGCUUUAAUGUGAUGGACUAUGAUAUUUACUAAAUCUUAUCAACACAAAGCAGGUAUAUCUACUGUCACAAAGAUACAGAGAAUGAUAAAUGAGCUGAGUGCACUCGUCUUAGAAAGAAAAUGUGCCCAGAAUAAAAAGAAAAGCUGGGUGCAUUCAUCUUGGAAUAAAAACGUGCCCAACCUUGGUAAAGUGACUAGGACCAGUGCUGUUAGAAAAUGUUCUAUACAGUAUUUUAAGAAUGUGAGAGCUCUUGACCUGGGACCCUGCUAGGUCAUGUUCUAAGAGAUUCCAUUGUGCCAACAGAAAUUAAAAAAAUUGUAAAUCCAGGCAAGCGGCUUGAAAACCAUGAGAUGGACACUUAAGAACCAAAAAAUAAAUCAUAUUUUAUUUCUUUACAAUAAAACCAGAGUUUCUCAAAAGGGGUUACACGGCAAGAAUAGGGAAAAUAUAAAAGAGGCAACUGAAUGAAAUGUAAAACUGUCAAGAAUUGCAGAUGCCAGUCUAAGAUCACUUAAUAAGAAAACUUUGAGUGAAUUACAACAAAGUAUUCCAAGAGCAGGAAGAAGGUCCUGGGUAUUUACAACUUUAAGAGAGGAGUAAACUUGAGACAAUAAGAAACUUAAUUUAGUACAGCUCACAUACAGAAAAUAAGUCAGUGCUGUUAUAACUAAAGAAGGACCAACGUUAUUUGAAGAUACAUAUAGUCAGAUACCCAGACAUAAUUAAUAUUCCAAAAAGAGAAUAACAUGCAUACGUCUAAUAUAGUGAUCAUUAAUACGA